AUGGAUGGAGUGAUCUUGAAUGAUGAGCUGAGUCCAGUGGUGGACGAAAGAGUUGUUGUUGUGGUAGUGCUCGAUGGAGUAGUUGUGGAAGUUGUGGUCGAGGGAGAAGUAGUAGUAGCAGUAGUUGAUGUUGUGGUUGUUGUGGUCGUAGUUCCACUUGGUGAUGUUGUUGUUGUGGUGGUGCUCGAUGGAGUAGUUGUACUAGUGGAGGUUGUAGUUGUAGUACCAGGAUUGGUAGUAGUGGUCGAUGUGGUACCAUCGGUUGUGGUGGAUAUGGUUCCAGAUGUUGUGGAGGUAGUGGAGGUAGUUCCAUCGGUUGUCGAUGUAGUUCCAUCUGUUGUUGUCGAUGUAGUUCCAGAUGUAGUUGGGGUAGAUGUAGUGGAGGUAGUUCCAUCAGUUGUUGUGGAUGUAGUAGUAGUAGUUCCAUCGGUGGUGGGGGUGGAGGAUGUAGUGGAAGUAGUUCCAUCGGUUGUGGUGGACGUAGUGGAAGUUGUUCCAUCUGUUGUUGUGGUGGUGGAGGCAGGGGAAGUAGUGGAGGUAGUUCCAUCGGUUGUUGUAGAGGUGGUGGAGGCAGUGGAGGUAGUUCCAUCUGUUGUUGUGGAGGUGGUGGAGGUAGUGGAAGUAGUUCCAGCGGUUGUGGUGGAGGUAGUGGUAGUUGGGUUGCAGUUGGGAUUGAUGAUGAUGGAUGGUCUCUGGUAUGCAACAAACACUGGAUCAAAGACUAGAGUAUUGGUGAAUGAUGGUGCGACAAUUGCAUAA